UCGUUAUUUUAAUACAAGGAUAAUUGUCCACGGUGGUGAUUGCUUCGUUGGCGUUGCGUUCGAGUAUAGUCCGCACGCGCGGUCCAUCGAGUUGUCAGUAUGAAGAUCUUUCGCAAGAUCUUUAGAAAUAAAAAGAAGAAGCACAUUGUGAACCAGAAGAAGCGGCGAACCACGUCGAAGGCGAGAAAAGCGAGCAGGAUGCACGACGCGCACUUGCUGAAAGACGAUUUCCUCUUCGGCACCGGUACGCGCCGCUCUAGACCGCAUCGACGUAAACACAAGGAGAACGACAUAGAGGCAGCACACAGACCGAUCUCUACAAAUUCCGGAGCAAUUUCUUCAAGAUUACUUUCGACGAAGAGAGGCGUCAAGAGGCAUCAAGAAGUGGCGAAUAUUCGAGUGUCAAACGUGUUCUUUCCUUUCCAACGGAGAACGUCGAUGACGAAAGAACUGUAAUAUUGAUGAU